GUUGUGUUAUUCAGGAUGUCCUUACACAUGGAGGACAUCAGCGAUGGAUCAUAACAAUUGGAGCUAAACUCUAAUGCUCCUUAAAGGCCACGCAAACUGUUCACAGAAGCGUAUGAGGAUGUGGGAAAAGUUUACGGAGUCCCACAAAAAGUCUGUACCGAGUCCAUUUGUUCGGACUCAUGACAGAAUCAGUCUCCACAAAUCUUUUUUAUGAGGGAGGCAGAUGUGCCAGACCUGCCUAAUCGGUUUGGGGGUUUUGUUGCCAAAAUAAACCUACGCCUAUUUACAAUUUGGAUUCAACGCUAGCAGCAGGAGGUCAUAUCUUGCAGCCGGGGGCGGACAUAACCCUUACCUCGCCAUGGCCACUGCACGCUUUCCCGGAAAGAGUGUGGAUGUGGCCGCCGCCAACUGGACAGCUCAGUCGCUGGACCGGCCGCUGUGUGUCAACGGGACGCCGUGGAUCCUGUACCUGCUGGAGGAGUGUGUGGAUAAUGUGUGGGAGUAUUGCAGUGUGGUGAUAGGACUCAUAUCCAUGUUCUGUUUUCUGCUGUCCACCUUCCCGCAGGUCUAUGAGGCCUAUCGGAGUGGUAAAGUGGAGGAGGCCAUAUCUUUUGGCUUUCUUUUCUUCCUCUUCAGUGGUGAUCUGACCAGCUUUGCAGGUUGCUACCUCACCAGCCAGCUGCCCAUUCAGGUGGUCACGGUGGUGUUCUACAUCUUCACAGACCUGAUCCUCAUCUCCCAGUUUCUCUACUAUAAGAUCAAGAACAGCUCCAGCAGAAAAAACCCUAUGCUGAAGAGGCUGUGCUUCAUGUGGUGUGGCACGGCUACGUUUGCUCUCCUGGCUUUACCCAAACUAAUCAUAGACAAUAGUCCAACUUCAGACACCCAGAGUCCAACUACCUCUAAAUCAGUGGAAAUUAGUGGCUAUAUAUGUGGAUACCUGGCAUCUGUCUUCUACCUCUGCUCGCGUUUCCCACAGCUUUAUAAAAAUUUCCAGCGACAGUCUACAGAGGGCACAUCCUACCUGUUGUUUUCCCUGGCCAUGAUGGGCAAUGGGUCAUAUGGGUUGAGCAUUAUCGUAGUCCUGCCUGCACUGAAGGGCUCCAAACAAACCUUCAUCAUCAAACAUCUUGCCUGGCUCAUUGGCAGCCUGGGAGUCCUCAUACUGGACUUCCUAGUGACUGUCCAGUUCAUCAUGUACAGGAAGAACUACUCUGCUAAAGGCAACACUCUGCUCAGCGUCCCAGAGGUGGAACCUCUUCUGUGUGAAGAGGAGGAACUGUCAGUGUUGUAGGACACAGAGUGUACACCAACCUGGAUCGCUGAGUCAACAGCGCUCUGGUCGUUUUUCAUCCUUCUGCGGGUUGUCAGUGGUCAUUGAUUUGUUUAUGAUUUUCAGAUUGCAGAGGCAUUGUAAAAGGCUCUAACAGCAAUGAUACUAGCAAGCAAUUUUAGUGCACCUUCAUAUUCUUGAUAGUGCUGUCAAGAAGACAAACGCUCUCUUCUAUUGCAUGUUGUAAUAAGGUAGGAAAAGCUACAGAAAAAGCCCGUGUUUUCCUAAGGCUUCAGUUAAAUGAAAGUACCACUUCAUUUCUGGCUGUUUCUCUCAGGGCAGGCGGGUUAGUAUGACUGACAUCUUUUUCUGGUUAUGAGUGCUGUCUGGUUUUUUUUGUCUUUUUUUGUUUUUUUUUUUGAUAAAUUCUUCCCCUGGUAUUUCCUUAUUUUGUUUUGAAGGGAAUAACUGUAUUUUUAUUUGCCUGUGGAAAACAUACACACCCACAGGAGGCUAAAUCCCACAUGUCUUUUCACAAAUGCAAAUGUCAUGGAUGAAUGAAGUGCCUGUUUACCCAUUUUUACACCGAUUUGGUAUUUUAGUGCCAUAACGUACAGUUUUGCAUGAGCACAGUAACGGAGGAGCCAACAGUAAGGUUUGUCUGUAAAGUUAGCUACGAGAUAAGCAGCAGAACAUUAGAACACAGACUUCUAUUUCAAAAGGAUGUUGCAUUUCUCUGUUUUUUUUUGGUCCAAGCAAAAUGUAUUAUUGUCCUUUUUUUAAACUAAACACAGUCUUAUAUAUAAAUGCACUGUACAUCCCUUUCAGAACUGAAUUAUUUUAAGUUAAGCUACAUUAGUAAACUACUGACGGUGAUCUACAGAAACCACAGUUUGUCUUUGAAAAUGCAGAGGGAUCUGCAGAUUUCCCUACCUCACGAUAAUGUGGUUGUGAUUUCUUUCUCCCGUUGUGCAUGAAGAGCUGGUUUGUAAUUGGAGCUGAGUGCUUCAUAUGUGGAAACAGUCUGUGUGUAUACAAAGGGAAAAUUAAAUCAAGGACACGCUGCAUAUAAAAAUGUGAAAUUUUCUGUCGUAGCAUCUGCUUCAACAUUUUAAGUGUAUAUAGGUCGAUGUUAUCAGGUUUACAUGAAGAACAUGACUGACUCCUUUUCCCGUCCAUAGCUGUUCUUAUUCUAGUCAGGUGAUGCAAUAAUGUGGAAUUAUGUACGUGUGGGAUUUUCUCUGACUUCAGUUACUGAAAAGGAAAUGUAUAUUUUAUUUCCAAAUGUAUGCAGUUAAAGUGAAUGAUCUGAUUUGUUAAUUCACUUCUUGCUAUUUUUGUAUUACAUGAUUCAUACUUUGAUCCCUUUGUUAUUUCUUAAUGAGCCUCUUCAGUCUAACACAGAAAGAACAUUUAUUGUAUAUUUUGCUACUGUACACUGUAGAACAUCUAGUAUUUAUAAGACAGUUUUUACUGAAAUAUGAGACUGUUGCUAGGAUGUAUUUAUUUUAUUUAGAUGGAUUUUACUGUACGUGGUCCGUUAUAUUGCAGUACUAAGCUCUGAGCCAGGGUGCCAGGGUAUGUUGACUGAAAAUGUCUUCUGAUAUUUUCUGUGUGGAAAAUUAUACUGUAAAAAAAAAAAAAAAAAAACUGGAAUAAACUGUAGUAUACCGUG